AAGAAAACUGGUGCCCCCCUGACUGAUUGCUCCCAGCCCCUAACUUCGUUUCAACACAAAACCCUAACCUAGCCAGUAAGCCCUUCAUCUCUCAAACCAGAGCUUCAAGAAGACGUUCAAUGGUAGAAACCAAAGAGCCAGAAGAACCUACAUUGCCUUCGAAGCGUAAAUCUGAUUUAAGUUGCGAAGAGAACGAAAACUACCCAAACAAGACACAAAAGCUCCAAACACUGAACAACAAUUCAGAAAAUUCCGAAGAUAUAACCCUUAAACGAGAUAAAGAGUGCCUUAAUUCUAAUGCUCAAGCAAGCAACAACGAAGACGAGUGUGAAGAAGAGGAGGAUGGCGACGACGAUGACGUGGAGGGUAAUGGAGAGGUUGUUGCGGAUAGAAAGGGAAAGGGGAUUUUAAUUGAAGAGGAAGAGGAAGAUGAUGAAAGCGACGAUGACAAUGAAUUGAGUGAUGGCGGCACUCAAUCGGACAAUGACAGUGACUUGUCUGAUGAUCCGUUGGCGGAGGUUGAUUUGGACAAUAUACUUCCGUCUAGGACGAGAAGGAAGGUAAUUCAACCUGGGGAAUAUAUUGCUAAUGAUAUUGGUAACGAUGAGGAUGACAGUGACAGUGAGGAUGAGGACGCAUGAGUUGUUGUAGGUUAGUUCAAUUGAGUACAAUUCAGUAGAACUGAGAUAGGCAAUACUAAAGAUGCUCAUUGUUGGUGAUGUUAUUGUCUACUUCUAAUUAGCAUUAAAACCUUGCUUUUUUCUCAUCUCUAAAUGCAUUUGUUGAUGGCAUAGAAGAGAAGCCAGCCAAGGAAGAUAUUUGGAAUUCAAACCCCAGCCAAAAAUCUUUAAGAAGCAAAAGAUGCAUUUGUCUUUGAAAAUGGAAUGUAAUUCAGAAAGUUUAGGAAGUUCAACCUUGUAGAGUGUAGAAAAACAAAUUACUCAAUUUAGAUCAUUCCAAAACUAAUUAUUUGAAAUUAUCUUUUUCUGUGACCAAAAUUUGCCACUUCUGCUUUAGCUUUCCUAAAGGGGAAGCUCAUAAUGAUAACAAUUUAUCCUCUGAUGAUUUAGCAAGUAA